AUGCUCUACGACGAUAGUCUUCCCGAGGAUCUCGAUGCGGCAUGUUCUGCGGCCCUCAUGGCUGAUAUCGCUUGCGAUCCUCUCGUGCCGGCCCUCCGCCAUGACUUCUACUACCCUCCUGCCACGCUGACCCGCAUGUGUACCGCUGGCUGCGCUUCUGCGAUCCAGUCGUGGGAGAGCUCGGUCCGGUCUGCCUGUGGCAACAACAUUGUCAUUCCUGCCGAGGAUGACCUUGACGCAUCACCCAUUGUGAUCCCGGCCAGCCGCCAGUACAUCUAUAGCUUCACGUGUCUCAAGGAGAACGAUGUCUUCUGCGGCCCCGUUGCGGCAUUGACAGCUCUCUUCACCAAUCCUGGAGUUUCCGUCUUCAACUAUAUCAACGAACUUCCCGAGGGCGCCAUUAAGCCCGCGGAUUGUGACCCGUGUCUCGCAGCCAGACUGCGCCUGCGAUCUGGGUCGCCCUACUUUCACGGCCCCGUCGUGGCCAGCGAGUCCAUCUACCAAACCCUGACGUCCAGCUGUGGCAUCACGGGCAAGCCUGCUACCACAUCUACCAUCGACUAUUUCACCAGCCAGCCGGAGCCCACCGAGUCGGUCUGCAACGGCGCCAUGUACCAGAUCCAGGGCGGCGAUGAUUGCUACAGCAUCUCUAUGGCUCAGAGUGUCGUCAACAAGACGUGCAAAGCCAUCGCUACGGCUGCGAACAUCACAGAGCCACAGCUGCUGGCUUGGAAUCCUGUCAUCAACCCGGUCUGUUCCAACCUCGACAUGAUGAACGGCACCACGCUUUGCAUCGAACCACCUGGACCCAAGCUGCCACCCGCCCAGACGACGGAUGUUCCUCCGGUGACGCCUACCACUGCUGCUCCGAUCCCCUCCAAUACUGCCAUUGGAUCUGACAAGCCCUGUGGCCGCUGGUACGAGGUCGAGGCUGGCGACUACUGCAACCUGGUGACUCUCAAGUUUGCCAUUUCUCUCGAUGACUUCAUGUUCCUCAAUACAGGCAUCAACUCCAACUGCAGCAGCGGUUGGAGAGCCGAUGCCUACCUCCUCGAGUCUACUGUGUUGCACAAAGAAAGACUAGAAGGUGUGUUCCACGCCGGUGUCGGUGGCGACAAGUACGAAGAUGUCCUGUAA